UGUAUCAAUAUCAGGUUUAGUUUUAGCAUCAAGGAGAGGCUAGGAUUGCUUACAAAUCCAAAAAAGAGAAGAUAUACCCCUUAAAAUCCUUAUCCUAUCUUCUUCUUCUGUCCUUCACUUUUCCCACUAGAUUUUCUUACCCUCACUCUCUCUUCUUUCUCUUUCACUCUCUUUUCUUUUCUAUUUUCUAUUACUCUUUCUUUCCAUUUAAUUCAAUUCUCAUAUUUGGACCUCAACUCAAAUCUUCUUUAAAUUAAUUCUCAACCAUUAAUCAAUUAAGUUUCUGGAAUUAUAUGCAUCCUGUUUCUUCCAUCUACCUUCUUAGUUUUUGUUUUUGAAGUAAAAACAAAGAUUAAUUAAUUGCUGUGCUGAAAGUAAAUGGCCCCAAAAUCAGGUAGAGGUAAGACUAACAGAGCCAAGGGAGAGAAGAAGAAAAAGGAAGAGAAAGUUGUGCCUAGUGUUAUUGACAUCACAGUCAUAACCCCAUAUGAGACGCAAGUAAUUCUCAAGGGUAUCUCCACUGACAAGAUACUGGAUGUGAAGAAGCUAUUGGCUGUGAAUGUAGACACAUGCCAUCUUACAAACUAUUCUUUAUCUCAUGAGGUUAAAGGCCAAAGGUUGAAUGAUAGAGUAGAGGUUGCGACUCUGAAACCUUGCGUGCUGAAAAUGGUUGAAGAGGACUACAUUGAAGAAGCCCAAGUUGUGGCCCAUGUUCGGAGGCUAUUGGAUCUUGUGGCCUGCACUACUAAGUUUGCGAAGCCCAAACGAUCACCCUCGACUCCAGACUCCAAGACCAAGAAAAGUAACAGUAGGCCCACGACCCAACAAACCAGGAAUUCGGGCCCACAACAAAAGGCGCCGGAUGGCGGCGACGUGAAUUCACGGCUGCCGCAACCGGAGGCGGGCGUAUCGGCGAUAUCGGAGAGCCUGGGUAUGGCGCCAAUCCACCCGACGCCGAAGCUUUCCGAUUUCUAUGAUUUCUUUUCUUUUUCUCACCUCUCCCCUCCUAUCUUACAUUUCAAGAGAUGUGAGGAUGUAGAAGAGAGGCGGGAUGCAGAUUAUUUUCAGAUGAAGAUUAAGAUAUGCAAUGGAAAACAGAUACAAGUGGUUGCAUCCGUAAAAGGGUUUUAUACGGUUGGAAAACAGUUUCUACACAGCCAUUCACUGGUUGAUCUUCUGCAACAGCUCAGUCAAGCUUUUGCAAAUGCAUAUGAAUCCUUGAUGAAAGCUUUUAUCGAACACAAUAAGUUUGGUAAUCUACCAUAUGGAUUUCGAGCAAAUACUUGGCUUGCCCUUCCUCCUGUUAUUGACUCUCCAUCAAAUUUCCCAUCCCUACCAACAGAAGAUGAAAACUGGGGUGGAAAUGGUGGAGGCCAGGGAAGAAAUGAUGAAUAUGAUCAUCAACCAUGGGCUACGGAUUUUGCAAUAUUGGCUAGCCUUCCUUGCAAAACUGAGGAGGAGAGGGUAGUUAGAGACCGGAAAGCCUUUUUGGUUCAUAGUAAAUUUGUUGAUGUGUCAAUCCUCAAAGCUGCAGCAGCAAUACGUCGUUUCAUCGAUUCCAAUUUGAAGGCAAAGGUUACAAACAAUCUCUCCCCUAGAUCGGUUUUGCAUAAGGAUCUUGUGGGAGACUUGUCCAUCGUAAUUAAACAUGAUGCAGUAGAUGCAAGCUCAAAGUCUGAUGAUAAAGUUAAUGAUGAAUUAUCUGCUGUUUCUGCUAAGGAAUGUAUAAAGAAGAGUUUGUUGAAGGGUUUAACUGCUGACGAGAGUGUAAAUGUUCGUGAUACUUCAUCUUUGGGUGUUGUCAAUGUAAGACAUUGUGGGUACAAUGCAACAGUAAAAGUUGUAGGCAAUGUGAAGAGAAGGAAGCUUGAGGGUCAAGAUAUUGAAAUUGAUGAUCAGCCAGAUGGAGGAGCAAAUUCUCUUAAUCUUAACAGCUUGAGGGUUCUCCUUCACAAGUUUAAUGCUGAAUCACCAAUAGGUAGCCCACCUGAUUUGGAUAGUUUGGAAGCCUCGAGGUGUCUGGUUCGAGGAGUAAUCAAAGAGAGCUUGAAAAAGUUAGAAGACAAGCCUGACAUACCAGAACGAUCUAUUAGAUGGGAACUUGGUUCCUGUUGGGUGCAGCAUCUACAAAAGCAGGACACAGAAACUGAAAAUAAUUCAAAGAAUCCUGGGAAUGAUAAUGAUGCUGAACUAGCUGUAAAAGGACUUGGGAAAAAAUUUAAACUUCUGAAGAAGAGGGAAAAGAAAACAGGCGAUCAAAGUAAUACAUGUAAUAUGGAAGAGCUUGAUGUUAGUUCUAGCAGCCAUGAGGGAUUAGUUAAGGAAGAGCUAAACAAUGCCGAGGAGUUUAGCAGUGAAGCAGAUUUGAAAGAACUUAUUUCUGAAGAUGCCUUCUUGAGACUGAAGGAAACUGGAACCAAUCUUCAUCUGAAGUCAGCAGAUGAACUUAUCAAGUUGGCACACAAAUAUUACGAUGAAGUUGCCUUACCAAAGCUGGUUACAGACUUUGGAUCGCUUGAACUUUCUCCAGUUGAUGGCCGUACACUAACAGACUUCAUGCAUUUAAGGGGACUGAAGAUGCGAUCUUUGGGUCGAGUGGCUGAUCUUGCAGAGAAGCUUCCCCACAUACAAUCUCUUUGUAUUCAUGAGAUGGUUACUCGAGCUUUCAAGCAUAUACUUAGAGCAGUCAUAGCUUCUGUCGACAGUUUUUCGGACAUACCUGCAGCAAUAGCUGCAUCCUUAAAUUUUUUACUUGGACAUCAUGGGAUCAGAAACACUGACCAAAAUUUGAAUGAUGAUCAUGCCCUCAAAUUUCAAUGGUUAGAGAAAUUUCUAUCUAGAAGAUUUGGUUGGACACUGAAAGAUGAAUUUCCAUACAUGAGAAAGUUCUCAAUUCUCCGAGGACUUUGCCAUAAGGUUGGGUUGGAGUUGGUCCCUAGAGAUUAUGACGUGGAAUCCCCAAAACCUUUCAGAAAAUAUGAUAUUAUUGGCUUGAUCCCUGUGUGUAAGUAUGUAUCGUGCUCGUCAGCUGAUGGACGGAACCUAUUAGAAUCGUCAAAAAUUGCUCUUGAUAAAGGAAAGCUAGAGGAUGCUGUUAAUUAUGGCACUAAGGCACUAGCAAAGAUGAUAGCUGUUUGCGGUCCCUAUCAUCGAGCUACUGCAAGUGCUUACAGUCUUCUAGCCGUAGUUCUUUACCAUACUGGCGAUUUCAAUCAGGCAACCAUAUAUCAGCAAAAGGCUUUAGAUAUUAACGAGAGGGAACUUGGGCUUGACCAUCCAGAUACUAUGAAAAGCUAUGGGGAUCUUUCAGUGUUUUAUUAUCGUCUUCAACACAUUGAAUUAGCUCUGAAGUAUGUAAAUCGUGCUUUAUACCUUCUUCAUUUUACGUGUGGACUAUCUCACCCCAACACAGCUGCAACAUAUAUAAAUGUGGCUAUGAUGGAAGAGGGCAUGGGAAAUGUUCAUGUUGCUCUUAGAUACCUGCAUGAAGCUCUUAAGUGCAACCAAAGAUUACUAGGAUCCGAUCAUAUACAAACUGCUGCAAGUUAUCAUGCCAUAGCAAUAGCACUGUCAUUGAUGGAAGCAUAUUCACUUAGUGUGCAACAUGAGCAAACUACACUCAAGAUACUUCAAGCCAAACUAGGACCAGAAGAUCUUCGUACUCAGGAUGCAGCUGCAUGGCUGGAAUAUUUUGAAUCAAAAGCACUCGAGCAGCAGGAAGCGGCUAGAAAUGGAACGCCAAAGCCAGACGCAUUAAUUGCAAGCAAAGGUCACCUUAGUGUAUCAGAUCUUCUGGAUUACAUCAGUCCUGAUCAAGAUUCAAAAGGAAGUGAUGCACAGAGGAGACAGCGACGUGCAAAGGUGUUGCAAGUGGAUGAUAAAAUACGUGAAGAAAAUCAUGUUGCAAUACUUGACAACGACCAGCCCAAUGACAUUUUAGAAAACAGUACACCUAAAAUGGAUGGUGAAACAGAAAUGAGAGGUGUUACACAAUUAGAGGUAGGCAGGCUUCAUCCUCAAGAAACAGAAGAAAAUGAUGACGUUUCUAAGUCUGGGAUGAGAAUUACAAACAAAGUUGAUGAAGAAACAAUUUCAGACGAAGGUUGGCAAGAAGCCAAUACAAAAGGCCGGUCAGGGAAUACGGCUACUGGUCGAAAGCCAGGGAGAAGAAAGCCAGUCCUUGCAAAGCUAAACGUACGCAGUGAAACUUCAAAUUUUAGAGAAAGCAGACAUGGUCGAGAAAUCAUUGCACAUGCACAACAUGUUCCUCCAAAAACCAUUCCUUCUGAGUUGUCUCCUCUGAAGCAUUCAAGGGCCGCACAACCUUCUCCAUCUAAGGUCUCCUCCAUCCCAGCCCCUCAUACUACCAUGGCUUCAAAAUCUUUAUCUUACAAAGAAGUAGCUUUGGCACCACCAGGCACAGUUCUAAAGCCGUUAUCAGAUGAAGCAUUAGAACUAAAUGCUGAGAAACCAGAAACCCAGAUGUGUAACAGUCUACCAGAGACAUCAAUGGUUGAAGAAAGCAAAAGUAAUUCCAUGGUCGAAGCAAGCAUAAACAAUGAAACAGAAGAAACUCAAGCAAAUUCAACUCACUUGGAAAAUAAUGGCCUAGAAAUUGAAGAGAAAGUGAUGAAACAAACAAAUGUAAGUAAGCUCUCUGCUGCAGCAGAACCAUUCAAUCCUGGGCCAAUGUCUGUGACUCACCCUUUAAAUUCAGUUGCAGUGACAAGUGUUUAUGACGUGAGAGCUAGUCAAGGAAUGCUUUCAGAGGCUGCUCUUCCCCCUGUUGUAGCUAGAGCUCCUUGUGGACCUAGAUCACCUCUGUAUUAUAGAAGCAAGGAUUCUUUCCGCAUAAGACAUGGGUUUCUGAAAUUCCGAGCUCCAAUGAAGGAAAGAAUUGGAUCUGGGCCACCAAGAAUUAUGAACCCGAAUGCACCAGAGUUUGUUCCAAGGAGAGGUUGGCAAAUAAAUCAUGUUCAUGCAGGCACAGUACAAGUUCAACCUGAAUCAGAUACAUCUUUAGAAAUUCCUAGUCAAGCAGAGGACGAGAAACUGAAUGAGAAAUCUUAUAACAAUCUUAACAAUGGUACUUUCAAAAAGAGUGUUUCGGAGUCUGAAAAGUCCGAGCUUGCAAGGCAGAUUCUGCUAAGCUUCAUUGUAAAGUCCGUCCAGCAUAACAUGGAUCCUGAGGGUGCUUCUGAAGAUAGUGAGAAGAAAAAUGAGUUUGUUUCAGAAAAUUAUUCUGAUGCAAUAGAAAACGACAGUGCCAUUAUAAAAAUUCACUAUGGAAAUGAAGGAAAAACGGAAGUGGCUUCUCAAUCUAGUAAUAGUGAGCAAAAACAAGUAAUAGAUAUAAACAGCGAGAAAAAUGGAGACGGUGAAGGAUUCACAGUUGUUAAGAAGAGGAGAAAAAACCGGCAACAAUUACCAAAUGGGGUGACUGGUUUAAACAACCAGCAAUCCAUCUGUGCCUCUGUUCGUUGAAGUCACCAGGAAUUAGCAUUGUCUUGUCCAUCUCACAUCACAUUUUAACGAUGUAGAAAGUUUCAAAAAAGAAAAAUAGAGGAAAUUUUUUGGUCUUCAUGUUGUUUUGAUUCUAUUGAUUUUAGAUUUUUAACAUCCUAAUAAAUUAACAUGUAGAAGUUUUCUUCUCUUUGUUCAGAGAUUUUGAUCAAUAAAUUCUUUUCCGGUUUAAUUUUCA